AUGGGUUCAUGGACCGAAGAAGUGGUUGACUCUCAGAUUGUUCCAACUGUGAUCUACACUGGCGGAGCAAUUGCACCUGGAAACAUCGCCAGAAGUGUCAAACUCAAUCUGAUCUGUAGUGAGGGUCCGACUGAAGUCCUCUCGGCUUCUUUCCAAGACCCAUACAUCUACCAAUUCACGUUCUCAAGCCAUCUGGCUAGUCCAUCUCCCCCAGUCCCCACCACCGUGACCUACUGCAACUACUGUGAGGAUGUAUGCAAGGGUGUCAACAAGUGUGACACCUAUGCUCUUGACACCUGUGUCUACAUCAAGACAGCAUGUGGCACCUCCCAAGCUGGCUAUGGAAUAUUCAAAAAGGAUGGCACAACGACAUCUUUGACCAUGUAUCCAGACUGCCAAUGUUUGAUGACUCCAAUCCAGAACCACAUUGGCACCUGUAACUCCUGUUUGAGCAACAACUUCAAUGGCUAUUCAAAGUGCUAA